AUGUCUUGUGAUCGCGAUCCUUGGGAUUCUUCUCGCGGUGAAAUUAUAGGGACGGUCUCCGGAAAUUCAAUUGCGACCAGUGAUUCCACCAGAAUCAAUGAAGACAAUGCAAUCGAUUCCUCAACCCCUUCUCGCCCUGGAUUUAUAUCUAGAACGGUCUCGAGUGACUACAACAUGGCCAAUGAUUCCAUCAGAAUCGAUGAAGGCAAUGCCGCCAACUUCAUGGCUCCUCCUGGCAGUGAGCACAUGUCUGGAGCGCCGGCUAGUUAUCCUACAAGUCAUCUCACUGGAAUCAAUGAAUCCAGCGUCACCGAUACAUCAAAUCCCGCUUCUCCUGGGCCCAUUUCUAGAAUGUUAUUCAGUGAUUCCGUCAUGACCAAUUGGCCAAUGGUCUCCGACUCAUCUAUGAAUCAAUCUACCGACGCCGUAGCAACUGAGCCUAUGUCGUGGCUACCUGGUCCAGAGGUUGCAAUGCCCUACUCUAGUGACAAUCAAUUCGGAAAUAUGCCUCCUCAACCCAUUGGCGCUCUAACUUAUGGGCUUAACAUGCCUCCACAGCCCAUUGGGUCUACUGGCGGAAAUACAUCAAGCACUAGAUUGCCCUACUACGGAGUUGGCAUGCAUCCACUACUCGUUAAUUCUACUGCCGAAAGUACCUCAAGCACUAGAAUGCCAUACCACGGAGUUGGCAUGCAUCCACUACUUGUUGAUUCUACUAGCGGAAAUGCAUCAAGCGCUUUACCCAACAAUGAAGUUAGCAUGCGUCUACAAUCUCCCAUUCAGUUUGCUAGCGAAAAUAUCACAAACCCCAGCUUGCUUAAUGAAUAUGCAGCAAACGAAGUAGUAGGAUUUGUUGAACCAGUCUUCAACAAUCACACGCCGCAUCAAGGGGCUGCAAGUCUCGGUUUGCCCAGGGAAGCCACAACAGCCAACGAACUUGUUUUCGACAACGGUACAAUGCGCCAAGAGGGUUCUUCUGCACAAAUGACCCAAAAUGGUUUACACAUGGAAGUAUCCUUAAACUUUGAAGACGCAUCUAUACCAGGCUUGCUCAACGAAGUCACAGCAACCACGCAACCAAUUUCCAAUAACGAAAUGUUGCGUCAAAAUGAUUCAUACGCACAAGUAGCUCAAAAUGACAUGUCCAUGGGAAAUCUUCUCGGCAAUGGGAAUGAAUCAAGGGUUUCAUUGUUCAACGCAUUCGGAGCAAACGAAUUCUCAGAAUUACCCGAACUAGACUUUGGCAAUAGCACGUUGCACCAAGAUGAUCCAAAUCCAAACUUGCCCAACGAACUCACAGCAAAUGAGUUCGCAGAACUACCUGAAGUAGUCCUUGACAAUGGCAUGUUGCACCAAGAUGGUCUACGCCCCAACUUGUUCAAUGAAGUCACAGCGAUCACCGAACCAGUUGCCAGCAAGGAAGCCGCAUCAAUCACGGGACAAGUCGCCAACAAUGAAUUCACAGCAGCUACCGAAUCAGUUGCCGAAGAUGAAAGACCGAGUCAAAAUGAUCCAGUCCAUAAACACGGAUCUGUUCACAAUGAUGGCUCAGCAGAUAACCUAGCCGAAAUACGCAGAUCCAAAGCUGACGAACUCACAGACCGCCAGGAACGUGCUAUCGCUGCUCUCCUUAUUCGUUUCCAGAAUCUCGUUAAACUUGCUGCGCUACCUACUGAAGAUGCAUUUACGAAGGAGACUGCAGCCGCAGAGGGAUUGAGAAUGGAGGUUGAGAGUAAUGCCUUGACAAGCGCAGCAGAAGAUCUCUUAAAGUUGACUAGAGAAUUGAAGGAGUUUUGGAUUUUUGGGUCAUUAAGAGGAAUCGGCGAAGGAGAAGGUGAUGGAGAAAUGGAGACCGAUUCAAAGAAGGUCGCGGAAUUGAUUGAGAAGCAAUUGGAGAAAAAGCAUGAGCAAGAGAAAAACAAGGUAUAA